GACCGAUACCAAGGACCGAGGAAGCGUGUUCCCUACCUAAUUCUGCUGUCAAUAAGAGGCGAUGACGGAAUCCAUCGUCCCUCCCGAAUGCUUGGGCCUUGGGACAGAGGCCUCUAGUGGUGGGCACUCCAUCUUAGCCAUGAUGUUUUGUCGGCUUCGAAAUGACGUGAUAAAGUGUCCGAAGCGGAGUGGGCGGUAGAAAAGUCCGCCAGUGUGAUACGAUCUAGUCCAACGACUCGUCGAUCACCCCACACCUAUUUAGCCAUAGUCUACGAACUGUGAAGCCCGAAGGCUACUUUGCAGGACCUCUUGGAGCUCGCUGAUGAUGGGAAUUUAACUGCGAUGCCUAUGACCUAAGCCGCAUUGCGAAGGAAGAUAACAAGUCCUCGAUUGCACGUGCGCUUUUAAAUCAAUUGGGUGAGCGUUCAACGUUUGAAAUGGACCACCCUGAGCAUUUCCAGCGACCGACGGAAACCAGGGGGAAGCGGAAGUUUAUACUUUGCUUUGAUGGAACAGGAAAUAAGUUUUCAGGUACGUCUUCGGACUCAAGUAUUCUGAAAAUAUAUCGUAUGCUUGAUAGAGAGGACGAGACUCAACUCCAUUACUAUCAGCCGGGAAUUGGAACGUAUGUUACUUCAGCAACUUUGUCACCCCCCUCCACGUACCAGAGUUUCAAGGCGUGGUAUACCAAGCAAAAGGACUCUGCCGUUGGAACGAGUCUUUCCGAUCAUGUUAUGGGGGGGUACAAGUUCCUGAUGAGGUAUUAUCUGCCAGGAGACAAGAUAUAUUUCUUCGGUUUCUCUCGAGGUGCAUAUACCGCCCGCUUUCUGGCGGAAAUGCUUGACUACGUCGGCCUUAUCACCACUGGGAAUGAAGAGAUGGCAGGAUUUGCCUGGAAGACUUUUGAGAAAUGGCAAAUGCGCGAAGAGCGAACUGAAGAAGAGAAGAAAAAGAAAAGAGAGCUUCGCGAGUUCAUGACUGCAUUCCGCGAGACCUUUAGUCGACCUGUGGAACCCCUGGAGUUCCUUGGUCUCUUUGACACAGUCAACAGCGUGCCGCGAUUUGAGAACGCAUUCAUGCAGCGGUCCAAGUUUCCAUAUACGGCUCGUAGUUCGGCGAAAGUGAUUCGGCACGCUGUUUCAAUCGAUGAGAGACGGGCUAAGUUUCGUCCGGAUCUUCUUUAUCAACCGCCCGGAAAAGCAAGGCGGCAUCACUUCUGGCACCACGACCGGCAGUUCGGUCAUUUGUCUGCAGCAAUCGAGGGGCGCCGCAAGGAAAGGAACGGUGGAGAAGACUCGAAACUACAGCCGCAGGAUAAAUUUAGGCCAAAAAGGCGACCGAAUCCGCCCCGGUUCAGCCCUCGCUCCAGCAGCAUGCAGGUACAGGAGAGGUUCCGCGAUCCGUCCGAGGCCUCAGGGCUCGACUCCGCUAGCCGACGCUCGCAAGGCACCAGCUCAGCGUCCGCAACAGAUGCAGUACAUACUGCAGCCGGGGAACAGGACAUCAAGGAAGUCUGGUUCGUAGGAUGCCAUGGAGACCUUGGCGGAGGGUGGGCGAUGGAUCUCGACAAACCUGCACCUCUUAGUCAUAUUCCUCUAGUGUGGAUGAUAAAUGAGGCAGAGCGGGCAGGUCUUAACUUUGACGACACCAAGCUACGCAAACUCAACUGCGCACCUGAUGUUGAGAGGCGUGAAGGACAACAGCAAAGCGUUGAAGGUUCCGGCGAAGUUGAUGGUUCUCAGUUCCACAGAAUCCUGCAUGAGCUCUCCAUCGGGGGUCGCACCCAUGAUGCGUUACGCCGGAAUAAUGGCGCCUCCCUUAUGUCGGUGCUCGGCUGGAACAUCAUGGAGUGGUUGCCGUUCCGAAGGAUGGACCUGAAAGAAGAUGAAUCCUGGACCAGCAUCUCAUGGCCUUUGCCAAGGGGAGAAGUCCGAGACUUCCCGGAUAAUGCAGUUCUUCAUAAUAGCGUGGUUAAAAGAAUGAUGGCGGACGAGGCAUACAGGCCUGGUAAUGUAAUUUGCGGGGGGGGCGGCAGAGGGAUGAGAAGAGCGCCAGAGAAAUAUGGCUAUGGGAAGUGGAAAGUCCUUGAGAAUGAGGGAGAUCCCGUGUUGGAGUUGUACAUCAGAGACGGACCUCGUCCUGCUUUGGAGGUUUAA